CUCGUUUUUUUUUUUUUAAAUUCUUUUUCUUCUUUGGCUCUUUUGUGUUCUUUCUUUUCUCAAUUUUCUACUCCCAUUAUUAAUAUUUUUAUAGUAACUAUUCAACUUGUUUCAAGGCUCCAAGCCUAAAAAGGAAGGAAAGAGAGUUGGAAAGAUCAAACCCCUUACCUUUCAUGGUUAUAUACUUCCUUUGCCAAUUUCAUAUCUCAAUCUGACUCUUUUUCUCUUUCUUUCUCUCUCUCUCUCUCACUCACACAGGUACACACCUCCGCAGUAUUCCACAUGAGUUGAAUACAUUAUCCAUUCUCUUGUGUUACUUCCAAUAAUUCCGUGAUAGAUUAGCUCAGCCCCUUCUUCUGUCCUGCUACAAGAAAGCCAGCCAAACUUACUACUAUUUGUCUCUCUUUGCAAUUGCUAGACUUUUUCCUUGGAACUGCUGUCAGAAUACUAAUGGCUAGGAUUUGAAAGGCCUGUCUUCUUCUUUCCUUCCAUGUUUCUUUAACUUCUGUAGCUUGUAGACAACUGCUUCCGCACUUUCCGAGUUCUCCAAGUCCUACUAAAUUUUCACUUCAACUUUGCCACUUCUCCCUUCCCCUUUUGACGGUUUAUCUGAAACUGGCAGUAUAGAAGUUACCAAGAUAAGAUUCUUCCUCUCCUGUGCUAGAUUUCUGGGAUUCUCUCAGGUAUUUAAGUUCAGUUGGAGAAGAAUUUGGUUAAAGUGAUGGGAAUGUAGAAUGGCAAAUAAGAAAAACGGAAAAGUUGAUGGGCUGUGACGUGAGGCGGAUUGAAGGUAAGCUGAAUGUUGCAGCAGCAUUUAAGCUGUUAAGUCCGGUAGCUUAGUAAGUUAAUCAGGCUUACUUAGCAUUGUUGUAUUGAGAGUUUGGGUGACUUUGAAGAUACUUUUUAAGGGUCCUGGGGUCCCUUUGAUGGAGUCAUCAUCAGCUGCUUCAUUUAAAAGGGCUCGGGCACCUGGCAGCGGAAACCAAGUACCUUCAUGCUUGGUUGAUGGUUGCACUGCAGACCUCAGCAAAUGCAGGGACUAUCAUCGACGCCAUAAAGUAUGCGAAGUCCACUCUAAGACCCCAAAGGUUACAAUUAGGGGUCAGGAACAACGAUUUUGCCAGCAGUGCAGCAGGUUUCAUUCAUUAGUGGAGUUUGAUGAGGGGAAACGGAGCUGUAGGAAACGUCUUGAUGGACACAACCGACGUCGAAGAAAGCCUCAACCUGAUUCUCUAUCUGUAAAUUCUGGAAGGUUUCUUUCCAAUCACCAAGGUGCUAGAUACUUACCAUUCUGUAACCACCAAAUAUUUUCCACUACCGCUGUAACCUCGUCUUGGGUGGGGUCUGUGAAAAUGGAAACUGAUAUAAAGUCAGAGUUAAACUUCAGCAGCAGAAAUAGCUUAUUCCCUGGAUCCUCAUCUCAAAACUACAAAGAAGAAAAGCACUUCUCCUUCUUACAAAGCACUAGUUUGUCACUCCCUGGAGUUUCUGUUUGUCAACCGUUUCUCGAUGCCAAUCCUUCAUCAGGCAAUGGCAGCAGCAGCCGGAAAAUGUUCUCAAAUGGGUUAAACCAAGUGAUCAACUCUAAUUGUGCUCUCUCUCUUCUGUCAUCCCAACCGGCUGAGACUGGGGAGAUUGGUUUGAGCCCCUGCCCCAUGGUGCAGUCUGGCCCAGCUUCAUCCUUGAACCAAAACUUGCAAUAUAAUGAUCUAGGAAUGGAGGGUGAGCAAGUAGGAUCUAUUUUGGCCUCGGAUGGCAGUAGUAACACCAAUUUCCACGGAAACGAAAUGUUUCAGACUGGGCAUCCUGGGUCAUCGUCAAGUGGUACUCACCAUACACUUUCCUUCUCAUGGGAGUAGUAUGUGCUGUUUCCAUCAACACCUUCAAAUAGAUGGUUUUGAGUGAUUAAAAAUGCUUAUCCCCUAAAUUAGAAUGUUUACAGCCUUUUAAGCCGUGGCAUUUUGAAGUUGCAAAUUUAUGUAAGCGUUUUCCCUCUCAAAAAAUUAUGUAGCCUUGUUCAAGUAAGUUCCAAUAAUGUAUGAAUCUUCUUCGGAGACAGAUUAUUUGAUUCUGCGCUAGUACUUGUUCCAUGUCAUUAGAUACUUGGUAGUCAGGACUCGUUUAUUCGUGCAAA